AUGGCACGUUGGGCUCCCCUGUGCCAUCUCCCCGUGCGCACCUCUCAGGCGGUUUGGUGGCUGGUGCUGACGUGGACGGAUUUCAACGCGGGGAGGGUCGUACAGGCGUCCACAGCCGCCACUGAAGGCGUAGCUGCCACGUCAUCCUCCACGAACUGCUCCCGCUACUGCGACAGCGGCGGCCUGGCUUCCAUGGGCUGCUGCGACGGCAUCUGGCUGCCGCACAUCGAACUGCUCAACAUCCUGCAGUAUUUUGACGACCAGCUCCCUCGCUAUCGCAUCAAUGCAAACCCCAGCACGGGAAUCGUCACCUGGUCGACUCGUCUCGUGGGAAAAUGGUACGAUAUGUCGUCCACAGCGCCCUUAAGCAACGCAUCUGGCAGCGCAUCUGGCAAAGGCACCAACCAGCAGGUUGCAGACUACCAGGCCAUUGCCGUACACGACCGCUACUUCUCCAACAACACCGCGCGGGGUACCACCAAGCCGCCGCAUUGCGGGUUUUUCAAGAAGUACGACGAGUCCCGCGCCCUUUACGGGCCUGCCGUACUUAUCAAGCGUGUGUCAUCCUACUACGUUCUGACCAACCUCAUUCCGAUCCUGCUCAUCACCCUAGUCGCCUUUGUGGUGUUCUUCAUGCCGCAAAACGAGCUGGGAGAUCGGAUGGGUGUCGUGCUGACGAUGUUCCUGUCCCUGACUGCCAUGCAAUUCGUGUUUGACUUCCCGCCGGCCAACUACAUCAACGCGCUUCAGAUGGUGGUUCUGGUGAGCUACAUCAUGAUUGCGCUGGCCUGCAUUGAGAGCCUCAUUGUGAAUCGAAUCGCCACGGUUUCGGAGUUCUUGGGCACCAAGAGGACCUGUGUACGGAAGUACGACACCCUUCUAGCCAGGUACGGCGCUGAUAAAAGAGCAAAGGUUAACCGCCGGGAGAGGGUUUUGUUGAAAUGA